AUAGGAACACUUGCUGGCACGGUAGCUGGCCUAAUGGACUUAAAGCUGGGAGUGAGCAGGUGAAGCAGAAGCAUGGCAUUAUUUAGCUUAGUGCUGAUUCCCUUUGUGAUCAGCUCUGACGCUGCUUCUGCUUGCCAGAAUACAGAUGACUUUGUGGGCGCCAGUUCUCCGGGAGACAUUAUUAUAGGAGGUUUGUUUGCAGUUCACAGUGAAAUGCUGCAACCAGAAGAGCAUCCUAUCAAGCCAGUAAUUCAGAACUGUGCUGGCUUUGAAAUUCAAAUUUUUCUUCAGACUCUUGCAAUGAUACAUGCUAUUGAAAUGAUCAACAAUUCAACAUUAUUAUCUGGAGUUACUCUGGGCUAUGAAAUCUAUGAUACCUGUGCAGAAGUUACAAAAGCCAUGGCAUCUGCUCUGAGGUUCCUGUCCAAAUCCAAUACUUCUAAGGAUAUUGUAGAGUUCAAGUGUAACUAUUCUGACUAUGUACCAAGAAUUAAGGCAGUCACCGGAGCCAGCUACUCUGAGGUGUCAAUGGCAGUUUCGAGGCUAUUGGCUUUGCAACUAAUCCCACAGGUCAGUCCUGCAUCAUCAGCUGAAAUCCUCAGUGACAAAAUCCGUUUUCCUUCUUUCUUGAGGACUAUCCCCAGUGAUUUCCAUCAGACAAGAGCAAUGGCCCACCUGAUCUGCGAGUCUGGGUGGAACUGGAUUGGAGUAAUAGCCACAGAUGAUGACAAUGGGCGCUUUGCUCUGGAGAGCUUUGGGAUCCAGGCCAUGGCAAACAGUGUUUGCAUAGCUUUUAAAGAAAUGCUGCCUGCCUAUCUCUCUGAUAACACCUUUCAUACAAAAGUUGAUCGUGCAGUUGAGAAGAUUGUCAAGGAAACCAGAGUAAAUGUUAUUGUAGUUUUUAUGAGACAAUUUCAUGUGCUCAAACUAUUUAAGAAGGCAAUUGAGAGAAACGUAAAAAAGAUUUGGAUUGCAAGUGAUAACUGGUCAACUGCAGUGAAAAUCAGUACAAUGCCCAACAUCAGAAAGUUGGGAACAGUUGUGGGAUUUGGAUUUAAAAAUAAGGACUUAUCAACAUUCCAAGACUUUCUGAGAAAUCUUCAUGACAGGCCCACUGAAAACAACAAGUUUUUACUUGAAUAUAUUAUGCUUUUGUCAGUCUGUGCACACCUGGACAACUACGAUUUUCAAAUGUGUAUUUCAAGCCAAUCCCAGUAUGACCUGAUGCAAAAUGUUGAGAAUAACCAUCAGAUCUGGAGAGAUGAUUUUUUGAAUGCCAACAUUGAACCGGGAUUUAUCCAUAGUACUAUACUUGCAGUCUAUGCCAUUGCCCAUGCCAUAAAAGGGCAAUGCAAAGACAGAAACUGCAAGAAUCCCUCUGCUUUCGCCCCCUGGGAGCUCCUUGAAGAACUUAAAAAAGUUAUAAUCAUUGAUGAUGAUAAAGAAAUCAAGUUUGACUCCAAAGGCGAUCUGAGCUCAGGUUAUGAUGUACUUCUUUGGAAAGAAGUUGAUGGCCGCAUGGAAAUCACCACUAUGGCAGAAUAUGACCCAGAAAAUGGUUACUUCAUCUUUGAGGAUGAGGAGAAAAAAAAAGAAUUUCUGGAUUUAAAGAAGGUUCCAUCAACAUGCUCCCAGCACUGCAGACCAGGACAGAUGAAAAAGGUUACAGAAAGUCCACACACAUGCUGCUACGAGUGUGUUUACUGCCCAGAAAACCAUUACAGCAAUCAAACAGAUAUGGAUUAUUGCUACCGGUGCCACAACAAAACCUACUGGGCACCCGUGAACAGCACUACAUGCUACAGAAAAACGAUCCACUUCCUCGGCUGGACAGACUGGUUCGCUAUUUUCCUGCUCCUCCUCUCCGCCUUUGGGGUUGUGCUCAUUUUUUCCAUCAGUGCAAUAUUCACUAAAAACUUGAGCACACCAGUUGUAAAGGCAUCCGGAGGCUUAACUGUCUGCUAUAUUAUCCUCCUUAGCCACUUCUUCAUUUUUUUAAGCACUGUGUUCUUCAUAGGUGAACCCACAGAAUUCAAAUGUAGAACUCGGCAAGCCCUCUUCGGCAUAAGCUUUGCACUCUGCAUUUCGUGUAUUUUAAUAAAAUCACUAAAAAUUUUACUAGCCUUUAGUUUUGAUCCCAAGCUGCAGAAUUUCUUGAAAUGUGCCUAUAAACCUAUAACCAUUGUAUUCAUCUGCACUGGGAUUCAGGUCAUCAUUUGCACCUUCUGGCUAAUAUUUAGGACGCCUUUUGUAAAGCAAAAUUUCUCUAUUCCGAGAGCCAUAAUUCUGGAGUGCAACGAGGGCUCUGUUGUGGCUUUUGGGAUUAUGCUGGGUUACAUAGCUGCUCUAGCCUUCAUCUGCUUCAUAUGUGCCUUUAAAGGCAGGAAGUUACCAGAGAACUACAACGAAGCUAAGUUCAUAACCUUUGGCAUGCUAAUUUACUUCAUAGCAUGGAUUGUAUUUAUCCCUGUCUAUGUAACUACCUUUGGCAAAUACCUACCAGCAGUGGAGAUUAUUGUUAUAUUAAUAUCCAAUUAUGGGAUUCUCUGUUGCACUUUUUUUCCUAAGUGCUAUAUCAUAAUUUACAAGCAAGAAACAAAUACGAAGUCUGCCUUCCUCAAGAUGAUUUACACGUACUCCUCCAAGAGUGUGGGCAGCAUUGCUGUCAGCCAGAUUUCCUUGGACUCGAAGUCUUCCAGCUCCCGGAUCACUGAGUCAGACUCAUGUAAUGCUGAGAAAAGCUCUGUGAAUGGAAACUGCCAUUUUCAAGUGUCUGGGCAGACACCAGUAAAGGAGAAAGCUGUUCCUAAAAGAGCAACAAGGACUCUGUCCAGGAAAAGGCUGUCCAGCAUAUGACUGGGCACUGUUGAAGUACCAGAAGAAGUACCAGAGCCCACUCCUAGUCUCUGUUUGCCAGGAUAAACAAGUCCAGUCCUUUUCUCUCCACUUUUAAGAUAGGCUUUCUAUUCUCCUGAACAUCCAAAAGCAACCUUUUCACCCAGUUUGGGUGAAUCCUUUGUUUUAAAUUCCGUGCCCAAAACUGCGUGCCUUAUUCCAUGCGAGUGCUGCAGCAACAUUCAAAGUUCCUUGUAUUUACCAGAGGGAUAAUGAACUGGAGAAAGGGCUGUGUAAAAAUAGAAGGACUUACCUGGACCACUGCAGUUGUUUGUAGGCUCAUUUACUUUUUUCCUAUACUCAGAAAUACACUGAUUUGCCCCACGCACUUUCUCUAACUCAUGAGUCACCGAGCCUGGUGGUGUUCAAAGAGCGUUUGGAUGUUGUGUUGAGGGACAUGGUUUAGCGGGAACCAUUGGUGAAGGGCGAAUGGUUGGACUGGAUGAUCCUGUGGGUCUUUUCCAACCUUAGCGCUUCUAUGAUUCUAUGUAGAGAGAGGACCCUUUACACUUGUCCCCAAGUGUCCUCUUUUUUGAAGGAAGGAAAUGGUCUCCACCACAAUGUGCAAGGUCAAAGCUUACAAGCACAAAUUAAUUCCCCUCAUUAGUAUAAAUAACGUAAUGAUCACAAUCAGCAUGAAUGCGCCCUGUGAAUUUUAGCUUUAUUGACGCUUGUUCAAAAAGUCUAACUUUUACAAGAACAUGGCAUUACACCACUCCAGUGCAUAAAAAUCACACCAGAAUGAGCUGCUGCACUGGAAGUCUCUGCUCUACAACUCCAUGAAUAUGGCUACACAGCAUCUUCUGUGCAAGAGACGCUCUAGGAAGGAGGACUGCCAGCUGGAACAUCCACACUGCAUCUCCUAGUCAAGGGAUGGCCAAGACUUGUGCUGCGCAGGGCACAGCUUUCCUAUGGUGCUGUCUCACAGCUGGGGAACAGCUUCUUCAGACACUGAGCAGCAGAAGGCUUGUGAAGAACAUUUCUAUGUGUUCAUGAGGCCCCUGGCCUGGACCAGAGAAACCCUGCUUUGCAGCUUUAACUUCUGUGCACAUAACUGAGAAAAGAUGCUGACCUCUUCAGUUUGGCCCAUGUUUCUGUUUAGAUAUAGAAUGUUGGGAUGCUGUCGCAGGUCAAAAUGAAGCUUGGCAGGCUAGCUGUUACACAUUGUGUUAUUGUUAUAUGCAAUAGAUCUAUUUUUCUAGCAUUUCUAUUUAUAUGCUGCAAAGUAGAUCUGCAUGAUUUUUCUACUCGGAUUUGUCUAAAAUGUCUAUAGAUCACAUUUCAGCAAUGGACACAAUUUCUGAAAUUACUGAGAUGCAGACUUAUGUAUGUCAUACCUAUCUGGGAAGACAUUUUUUAGGUAAUUUGAAUGGCAAGGGUGUAAUUUAUAUAUAUAUUUGAGCAAUUAUGUACUUUCUGUAGCCGACUGGAAAUACUGCAGUUUUAUGCACAUGCAUUUGUACGAUAACUGCUGUCAUUUGUGCUUCAGUUGUUGUGAGCACUGUUCAGAAUACAAAUCUAUCUAUAGGAGUAUAGGAAUACUCCUAUCUAGGAGUUUGGCUGCUCCUACAAUUUGGCUGCCAAUGCAGCAAAAAGAGGAACACAAAGCUUUCAUCACAUGAUGACUUCCAAAAGGCUAAUUUGGCUAAAAGGUUGUACACGUAUUCAUUGCUUUCAAAAGCAGUGAGCAUAUCAUUUCUUCCAACAGUGGGGUGAUUAAAGUCAUGUCCUUAUUGAAAACUGAA